AUGGAAUUAUGGAACGAAGUCAUUUACUACGAUUUUGGUAGUCUGGUGAUUGUUUACACGAAUGCUGAGAAGGCCGAUGAAGCCUAUCGACUGCUAAAGAGCAGCACCUUCGAGGAUCGCCCUAUUCUUGCCAUGAUUCUGCCACGAAUUCAACCAGAACGGGUCCUCGAGGGUACUCAGCCACUCCUGGUUUUCGUAAAUGUGAAAUCAGGUGGAUGUCAAGGCCUAGAAUUGAUAACCUCUUUCCGGAAACUGCUAAAUCCACAUCAGUACUGGUAA